UCGUGUUAUUGGUGGGUAAAUUUAGCUCAAGUUGCAGGCAUCAGCUCAGUAACCGAACAUAUACAGCAUGGUCAUCGCUCUCCUCUGUCUCCCCUCAUCGGUGAACUUGGGUUGUGGCUAUUGGGUACACAAUGUACGACCAUGCUUUUGAUGUAAAACAACUGCGCAAGAGACGAAUAGAAACAGGGGGGCGAAGAGAAGAAGAAGGGGGGACGUGAGUAUCGUGUGGUGUUGCACAAUGUUCAUCUUCAUGGGUCCUUCGCUUCGCGCAAUGGACACGCAACAUCUCUCCAUUUAUCGUUUCAGCUCGUUGCGCACACUUGUAAAUUAGCUGCUCCUUUUCUUGCGAUACGUCCUCUUUGCAGCUCGGCCCCUUCCAUGGUACCAUGUCCUUAUUACUCUCUCAAGUCAAGUGAGAUGAUAGAAGAGUAUUAAAUAAGACUGAAAAGCAUAACGUUUCCUCAUAAGCUGAACAUUAAUUAUUUACAAAACUUUGACCAUCAAAGUACUUCUCCCAUUUGCAUCUACUACUCUGAAAGUUCAAAUGGAUAAGAAAAGGCAAAAGACAACAGAAGACAGGAAGAAGAUGAGAAAACUCAAAGAGGCUGAAGCAGAAGCUUCCUCAAAGAGUGUUACCAGUGACGUUAAGCAGCAGCAGACUAGUCUGAGGGAGUUAACAGAUACAAAGUCCGACCAGUCAGAUGGAAAUUUAAGAAUGAAAAUUGGGGUUGGAGCGAAACGGACAAAGAAGCCCCCAAAGAGCCUUGAGAACUUCAUAUGUAGGCCCACAAUCAGAAUCUCUCAGAGGCUUGCACAUGGAGAUGGACAUAGUUCAUGUGGAGGUGAAGUCUCCAGUCCUGAUAUCAGAGUGGCCAAGCAGUCACAUCGCGGGAUUCAGAAAAAAGAUAGGACCGAUUGCAUUUCUCCAAAAUCAUCUACCAGGCUGAGUGUCCCACUUCCCACAUCAUCCAAAAAAGCUGACUCUAAACCAGUCAUUACAGCCUCUAAAAAGGCUCCAUCAAAACACAUGAGGAAGACUGACUCAAAGUCAUUAUUAACAUCAGAUGGACCUUCGUAUGCAGUUCAACCACAGACAGAUAGCAAAGUACCACUUUCAGAUAAGAUAACCUCCUCUACAUUGCUGAAGCAGACAUAUUCACCUCCAGCUGCCCCUUCUCCACCUUCCUCUUUACAACAGAACUCCAGUCCACAAGACAGCACCCAAGUUUUAAAUGCUCAAAAAGAGAAAGGUGAAAAUCUCCCAACUGGAGAAGCAAUGACCUCCUCCCUCAGUUCACAUGGUUCAAAUGGUAUGAUGCUAAAUGCUCAGACAUCUCAGCAGUCUUCUUCCAGUAUUGAAAAUGACAGUGAAAGCACAUCGUUUCCAAUAUCAUGUAGUGAGAAUUUAGAAAAGCAAACUCCCAGCCCUCCAGAAAAAAGUAGAAUCAAGGAAAGUAAUGUUGAUAAGGUUUUAAAUGCAACAGAGAAAGAAUAUAGAGAUUCUGCAUGUUCCAAAAAUGUGAGUAGCACCAUAACUAUCAGUAGGAGUAAGGAAAAUGGUUUAUUGCAUCAGCAAAGUCCCUCUAUCAAGACACCAUUGCUCCUUACUGCUUCAGAUAAAUCUGCUGAAUCAGCAACUCCUGAGAACAGCACUUGUAUGCCAGAGUUACUGGGGAGCAGAGGAAGGAAUAAGUAUAAUGAAAGUGAAGUCAUAGAUGACUCCAGAAAGAUGACUAUGGAACCUACCCAAGCUGUUGCUGUCCAGCCAAAAGAUGGCAGCAGGGUGGGGCAAAUCACUGACAAGAAUAAGAAAAGAGCUAGGCAUAGUUCAAACCAAGACGAAGAUGUUCAGUGUUCCUCUCAGCCCUCUGGGUGUGCAGAUUCUCAGUUUAACAGUUCCGUUCCAAGUGAUGAGCUACCUUUACAUCCAAAACAAAACAUCAUAUCACAGAAGAAACAAAAAGCUGUUCAGAUGACAAAGAUGGAAAAUCCAGGCGAGAAGAUGGAUCUGGUGAAGAUCGCCAAUGUUAGUUCAACUGCCUGUAAAAAGAUACCACAAAAAUCGAACCUUAAAAAAAUUCCUUCCAUUAAGUCGUCAAAGGCGUUAUCAUUGCAAUCAAGACAAGCUGGACAACCUCCUAAAUCUAAACAACUACAAAAUGCAUCACCCAGAUCAGAAACAUUUUCCUUUGAGCCCCCUCCUAAGAAAAGGGGUCGUCCAAAAAUGACCAAGUUGGAAAAGACUCCUCAGGAAAGUAAGUCUCAAAAGUCAUCGACUAAAUUCCCCAUACUUGAAGAUGCAAAUGUCCCUGAUCCAGAGAAUGGCCUGAAACUCCCAAAGCCAACUCCCAAAACACUAGGUCAUCCCAAAUGUUCCUCCACUGUUCAGAAAAAGAGAUCUAAAUCACUAGACUCAACAUCUGGGAAGAAGGGUGCUGCAGGAAAACUCAAACCCUCUUUGUCUAAAGCUAGAGAUGCUCAAAUCAGCCGCAAACGAAAUAGGUUGAUAAUGAAGACAAUUAUCACAAAUAUCAAUAAGAUGAGAGUGAAGAAGAAGGAUAAAGUACUCACACAGUUUCUUUCAGGGCAAAGCCAAAGCUACAAAUCUGAUUUUGUUCAGAAAGACAAUGAAGGUGAUGCUGAUUGUUCAGUUUCAGAUGGAACACACACUUUAUCCUCAUUUGUUACCUCUUUUGGAGGAAAAUUUGGUUCACAAAUUAAUAUCAGCAAACGUGGGACUAUCUACAUAGGAAAAAGGAGAGGUCGUAAACCUAAAACUCAAAGAGAAACUUCUGGCCAAGACUCUGAACAAGUUCUGGGUCAAAAUUCUCAGCAAGUCUUGGCAGAAUCUUCUAAUCAGUUGAACUCUUGGUCCACCUCUGAUGAACAUAGCCAUUCAUUUGAUGGCCAGUCUGCUUUGGGAAGCUCUCCUUAUUCUUUUAAACAUCUUGUGUCCCCUUCGCCCACUUCGUCCCCUUCUUUACGAAGAAAGCUUCAUCUUGGCAACCGUGAAUAUGAUCAACGUUCUGCUCCAAAGGUAACCAGUUCCCAAAGGGUUAAAGCAGUGCACGAAGAGAAAUCGAAACUUCCUUCUUCCUCGCAGUCUUCACCAUCCCCUUCAGCCACAUCCCAGUUAGGCUCUGUAAGGAUUCAAGACCGCAAAACUACACACCUUGGACGAUCAGUAUUAAUGGAAAAAGAAAGACUCAAAUACAAGUGCCAAAAAAAAGGUCAUAAUUGUUUUAGCCAUGAUAAGUUUAGGAGACAUAAACACAAAUGUAAGAAAAAGUAUCUUCAACUCAGGGCCAAAAGGCAAGACCCAGCCUUUCUGGCAGAGAUUGAGGAAUUAGUGGUCAGACUUAGUGAGAUUCGUAUUGUGCAUCAUAUCUCAUCACGAGGGUGUGGGGAUGAAGCAAAAUCUGGAAGGAAGAGUGGGAAAGGAAAAGCUCAUCCUCACGUUCUUCAGUGUCUACCACAAAACCUUCAUCAUCCAGCUAUGUUUCAAAUCAACUUCAGUGGUUACUACUCACCUCAGUCAGACUUUUCUCGUGACUCUCUGCAUUAUGUUGGAAUGGCAGAUUUUAAGAGGAACAAUGGGUGUCCCUCACAACCAGGUGAACAUAUUGUCACACAUUGCCCAGUAGUGCACAAACUUGGCUUCCCACUGUCAGGAGGUGGUUGUUACCACUCGCCAUACAAAAUGCCACUCUCUACUACUUCAUUUGGUUUUGGACUUUAUAGAGGAUACCCUCCAUCUGCAACUAUAUACCCUUCGUCACCCUUUUUACCUUCUUAUGUGCACCCCUACUCCAAAAAUCCCAUUUUAAGCCCAUCAAAGUUCCAUAAAAGGAAGCACAAGUUUUUGAGACGUGAUUCUCUACUUUGUGGCGGGAUGCCACAGGGGACCUAUGCUAAUGUAACAUCUCAUUCGCCUGACUGGUUCAAUAGAAAUAGCUGGCAACGAGAAGACAACGGAGAGCAGGCUAGAGAUAAAAGGUUUGUGGAUGAUAGACUUCGAGAAAGAGACGGAAUAGAGGGUUUACUAGGACAAAGUAAGCUCAGAAAAGACCAUUUCAGAAGGGGUCCACCCUCAAAUCCUCCCUGCUCUUCCUCAACACCCUCAAAACAAGCAGACAAACACAAAACUUCACCACUUUCAUAUAUAGGACUUGCACAUCUGAGACCGAUAUCAAAAGUUAGGUGGGCAGAACAUCAGCAGCCAUGGAGGUGGAGAGAGAGCACACAGGUAGAGCCGGGGAACAGGGUUUUAAACCAAGAAGCUGGGUCAGGGUACCAGGAGGACGAUGAUGAAGGUGAUGAAGACCUGCCAUCACCUCCCCUAGCAGAUAGAGCCAUCCAUCAUCACAGUUUCCUGAAGAACCCCAACCUUGCUAGUAGUGCGUACAGUCGAAUGACCGCUCAAAUGAGUGUUGGUGAAGUUCAGUCUGCUUCAAGGAACUUAAUGAGACCUGGAGGCUCAUUGAUGAAGGAUUGCUCAGCUGGAGGCAUAAGAACAUCAGAGAGUUUCCAGCCUGGUGGUUCACUCUUCUCUGAGCACUAUCCGCAUGCCAGUCCCUCUCUUAAUGAAGGACAAGAGAGAGGAGGAAAAGAGAAAAGACCCAACAUCAGCAGAACACACUUUCAGACCAACGAUAUCAGGCCUUUUUCCUCUUGUACUGCCACCAAAGUCAGCCUUUCUCAUUUAAAUAAAACUAAAAAUACAAUUCCAAACAAGAGUAAACUGAAACAUGUCCAAAAGCCUCCCAAGAAAAAGAAUCCCAAAGGUCAAGAGGUCACAGGAAGUGAGGUGAAGAGGAGAGGACGAGGUCGACCAAGGAAAAACCCUGCACCAUGCUUUUCUCCACCUUUACCUGCCACACCUUUACAUCAUGAAACCACGGAGUGUCCUGUGAAACGUAAAAAAGGAGAUGACUGUACAGUACUCAAUGCGACUGAGUCCAUGGGUCAACAUGAGAAAAGGAAAAGAAAGAAAAAAAGAGAUGAAACAAAGAGCAAUGACGGGCAGGUAGAUGAAGGAAAAGACUCCGCUCUGAGCCAAGAGCCCUCACAAUCGCACAUCGACACAUCCUCACCUUCCCAGGAUCUAGCAGUGUCUGUAAACAGCCAAUCAGAGAAGAGGUCUGAUGUGGCAACUGAAAAGAAAUAUGAGUGGGCGGGGCUUUACUCGGAUGCGUAUAAAAGCGAGAACCCCACGAGUCUGUCCUCUCCAGUACACACAGACUGCCUUGACUAUGAUCCUGAAGAACAUGAGCACGGUCUACUUCCUGCACCUAUACACGUAGGAAAGUAUCUGAGGCUGAAACGGAUUGACUUUCAGUUGCCCUAUGACAUAUAUCGACUCUGUGCACAGGAAAAGCGUCCUAAAAAGUCACGAAAGACCCCACGAAAGACGGCCCCAUCCAAUGGAUCUGUUGAUGUAAUGUCUCGCACUCAGACCGAAGACAGUUCCUGUAAACAUCAGAAGCUCAGUGUGACUCAUGACUGCGUUUCUGAAAGCCUUAAUAGGAAUGUCAGUGCUAGACCUAAUACAGAAGAGGUUGAAAAAGAAAUGAGUGAAACAGACAUUGAUAAUAAUCUUCCCAAUCAACCUGACCCUCCCAAACAGCAGGAGAAAGGCAAUGAUGCUGAAAAUAUCCCCUCCCCUCUCCUGAUGAUGCCCUUGUCUUGUGAGGAGAGGAGCUUUGUCUUGGAACAUGGCAUCUUUCUGGUGAGAAACUAUGAGAAAAUGAGAGACAGACAGGCAUUGCUCCUGAGGGAGGAGGUGACCGAGCGAGAGGAAGAAAACGAAGAAGAUAGAGGGAGCAGCCAGAAAGGGGAUCUUGAAGACACCAGCACUAAGUCAGACCAGCGCCUGACUCACUCGAGUCCACAGUCAGAAAACAGAGAGGGAGACGAGGAGGGGAGAAUUGUACAGAGCAGAAACCUCACGCAAACACUCCAGGGGAUCUAUGACGUCAUUGUCAGUCACAAGGGGUCAUCUGGACAAACCCUCGCCUCUCCUCUGCUGAACCUGUGCUCCAGGAAGAGAUCAGACUCAGCUCCUGUCGAUUUUAAUACAUUGCAUAGGCAGCUCCUCUCAGGCCACUAUGAGAGUCUGGACACCUUUCAUUCAGACAUGCUGAAGGUGUUCCACUGCGCUGAGAAAUACUACGGUUGUGAGUCACCAGUGGGUCGUAAUGUGAGGCAGCUGAGGGAAGUGUACCACAGUGCUCAUCAGGAGGCCUUAACUCAGAUCGGCCGUUUCCUGUGAGUGACAGAAAACCACAUCAGCAACCUCUAUCAGGGCGUUGCUGUGACCAAACCCAGAGGCAUGAUGGGCCUUUCAGAAGGCAGAUAAUGCUCUCCAAUACCAAAGACCUGCUGUAUGUUGCACUCACAGAUGCACUGCACAGGUAAAAGUUUUGCCAUUUAUACACAACUGUGCAAUGAAAAAGUUAAUACGUUUAAUAAAAAAAUUUAUUCAGUUAUAAACCACUGCUAGGGAUGCAUAAUGUACCAUAUUGCUAAUCACUCGAUAUUAAAGAUUUAUUUAAGUUAACAGCCAUGUUAAUAGUGGAUAUUUAAUUGCGUAUGCUCAUUUCCCAUAUUUUUACAUU